AUGAAGUUGUUCGCCAAAGACGAUUCGGAACGAGGGGAUGGUCAAUCGGACGAUUCGGAUCUCUUCAGUUCGUCUGACGAUGAUGACGAUGAUUUCAUCGACAAGGCCAAGACACCGUCUCCAGUCAUUGAGCUUCCCCGAAGUCCGAGUCCUACUCGAGUCCAAGACGGCUACGAUUCAGACGACGAGGCCGAGCCGAGGAAUGGUCUUGAGAUUGCAGAAAUCAGAGGAGAAGAUACCCAUGACGAGUUGGACAACAAAAUCAUGGAGCUCAUCGAACGUUCAGUCAAGAGUCCCGAUUAUCAUGCGGGCAAGGAGGCUGCGGAAAGCUUAGGUUCCAGGAUCAAGGAUACGAUUCAGGAGUCAUUGAAGAACGAGCCGAUUGCGACUUCCAACGACGAUCGCAGCAAUGGUCAUGAGGAUCGAAGGGCAGACGAUGCGAACUCACCACUAGUCAAAUCUCCGUCGCCGGAGCCGCCAGCAGUGACGCUGAACGAAAGUACCGUCGACAUGACGAAACAGAUUGUGCCAGAGCGGCAGCUGCCUAAGGAUCUCUCGAUUAGGCCGAGGAAGUCUCCGCCGAGUUCCCCCAAAAAGACUCCAACGAGAUCCACACCACCUAGUCCACGGAAAUCGAAUGACCGCCUAAGCGCACCACUCAAUCAAGCCGCGUUUCCUCCGAGCCCGACGAGGUUCAUCCGUAAGAGUGGCGCUCAGGAGGCGAAGUUAGCUGCGAGUCAGAAACGACCGCGCCCCCCCAGUUCGAAUACUAGUUCGGACACUAUAGUCUCCCAAAUGACGGAGAAGGAUGUGAAAAGAUUGCCAGCUUACACGGGUAAUGAACGGAGUCGAUAUGGUCUGCCUCUUGAAGAGAAAGCGAAACUCAGAGAAACCCGGGAUAAAGUCAAGAGGGAAAAGGAGGAGAAGGCCCGUUUAGAAGAGGAAGCCAAACUCCAACGGAAAAUCGACGCUCAAAAAACAUUCGAGGCCUGGCUUAAAAACAAAGAAUCCGAGAAGAAGGGUUCUUCCAGCAAGAAGAAAGCGCUAUCCCCUCAAUCGAAUGACGAGAAUUCCCAAGAUUUCAUCACAAGUCCCAACACAACGGUCACAUUCCUCACAUGGUUGGAGGGCAAGAAUAUCCAGGAGAAGCGGAAUAAAUUGCAACAAAGGCUCCGCCAAAUCGAGCUGGAAGAGCUCGGAAAGAAACAUACGAGACAAGACGCCCAACAAGCCUACAGACGGUGGUUGCGCAAGAAAGCCUUGGAAACCGAGCAGCAGAGGAUGAUCGAGAAACAGAAAAAGGUCGAAGAGAAACUCAGCUCAUCCUCGAUCAAAUCGAGGGAAACACUCGAUAGUUUUUUCCAGUCCGAGCAUUUCCAUUCCCUGGAACAUCAAACUUCGAAUGGAAAAUGCUAAGAGGAUAAUCCCCUCUCUCCAAACAAUCGAACAUGUUGAUGUUCCCGGUAUAUGAUAAUACUUGUUGUUCCUAGUUCAAUAAAUGCUCAGUGAAAAUGACUCAAGGAGACGAAGGAGGUCGAUGGGAUCGACGCAUUUCUGUACAGACUUCGCUGUAAAAAUAAAGCCCGUGUACAAAUGGUACACUCUAA